UUAAAGCGCCGAGCAGGGCUGCUGCUGCUCCCGGCUGUCUCCGCCGCUGCUGCCCCACGUCCCGCCCGCUAUGGAUGCGCGGGCCCGUGCCAAGCGCUACGAGAAGUUGGACUUCCUUGGGGAGGGGCAGUUUGCUACCGUCUAUAAAGCCAGGGACAAGACGAACAACCGCAUCGUGGCUAUUAAGAAGAUUAAACUGGGGCAUAGAUCAGAAGCUAAAGAUGGAAUUAACAGGACUGCCCUCAGGGAGAUAAAACUGUUACAGGAGCUAAGCCAUCCAAAUAUUAUUGGUCUUAUUGAUGCAUUUGGACACAAGUCAAAUAUUAGUUUGGUAUUUGAUUUUAUGGAAACAGAUCUAGAGGUUAUUAUAAAGGAUACAAGUAUUGUGUUGACGCAGUCUCACAUCAAGGCAUAUAUGUUGAUGACACUUCAAGGAUUAGAAUAUUUACAUCAGCAUUGGAUUUUACACAGGGAUCUUAAACCAAAUAACUUGUUGCUAGAUGAAAAUGGAGUUUUAAAAUUGGCUGACUUUGGCUUGGCAAAAUCUUUUGGAAGCCCAAAUAGAGUUUAUACACACCAGGUAGUAACAAGAUGGUACCGAGCGCCAGAACUGUUGUUUGGGGCUAGAAUGUAUGGUGUUGGUGUUGAUAUGUGGGCUGUUGGUUGUAUUUUAGCCGAAUUGCUCCUCAGAGUUCCUUUUUUGCCUGGAGACUCUGAUCUUGACCAGCUGACAAGGAUAUUUGAAACUCUGGGCACUCCAACAGAAGAACAGUGGCCUGGAAUGACAAGUCUUCCAGAUUAUGUCACGUUUAAGCCUUUCCCUGGAAUGCCACUUCAACAUAUCUUCAGUGCAGCUGGUGAUGAUCUGCUCAAUCUUCUUCAAGGCUUAUUCACAUUUAAUCCUUGCACUAGAGUAACAGCUACUCAGGCAUUGAAACAGAAAUAUUUCAGUAACCGACCAGGACCAACUCCAGGAAAUCAACUGCCAAGACCCAACUGUCCUGCAGAAGCUGCAAAGGAGCAACAAAAUUCUGUUUUAAAUUUAAAAAGGAAAAGAACAGAAGGAAUAGAUCAAGGAUUACCAAAAAAACUGAUUUUUUGAUUGCUGUGGAUGAUGAAUGAAAACGAGUGAAAAUUCCCCGAGUCUCAGCCAUUGAUAAAAUGCUGUAAUAGGCCCUGGAUCAUUAUUUUUCAAUAUUUUCAUGUGUAAAAUAUGAAUUUACUAUUUCCUUACUGACACAAAAG